CUGAGCGGCUAUCACGAUGAACGCACAACUGCUCGUACUACUUGUGAUCCUUUGCGCCGCCUCCGCGGAGAACCCUGGCAACUCCACGGUCACGGAACCCGAUGAUGGCCGAGUGAAACUGUUCGACAGUGUGUACAUGAAGAUCCCUGAGGAUGGGCGGAGCGUGGUGUCCUUCCAGAUCGAUACGGGAGCAGAUACUGAGACUGGCCGAGGCAAAAAGAAGAAGAUGCUGGAGAAAUUCCUGCCAAUGUUCGUGAUGCCGUUCAUCAUCCAGUCCGCCAUCAUCCCCCUGUUCCUGGGCAUGAUCAAGUUCUUCCUCUUCAAGUCACUGAUGAUCGGGAAGCUGGCGCUGGUGCUCAUCAUCCUCAACUCUUUCCGGAACAGCAACACAUAUCACGGGAGAAACGACGCGGAUCUCGCCAGUCACCAUUACGGGUAUCCAGGCCAUAACAUGGAAAUUGGAUCUAUGUUCAAUUGAUGCAACCUGUGCAGUGAGCUCAAUUUGAGUUUGUCAUGGCGUUGACAUUUCGGGCAAUUUUCUUGCCCAAAUACCAUUAAUAGCCUUUUAGUAUUAUAGUGUAGCAUACGGUGUUAAUAAAGUUGGCAUAUCUCCAAGGAGACACCUUCUCAUCUCCUCUGGACUAGUUUUGGACUAUAAAGUGACAUUGCCACUUGGUGGCUCCGAGAAUUGACGUGACACCUUUUUGAUUGCUCGUAAUCGGAAAACUACGUUAUGCCAAAGGAAGUUGUCGAAUUAUUAGGCAGGACUUUUGCAUUGUGAAUCAGACACCUAGGGAUCAAUUCUUGUGACUCGGUAUCUCGCUUCGAGCGCAGACUGUCACACUCAAACGCGCUUACUUGCUUUUUCCAGUAGCAGCGUUAAGGGGGGCGACGCUGGGCGACCGUCCAGGGCGGUGGAUAAAGAGGGGCGCUGAAGGCAAACAAAAGGGGCGCCAAAUUUUUUCAGGGCUAUCAGCACCCUAGGUGCCGAAGAAAUCUCGCCCAGGGCGCUGGUAGUGCUAAGACCUGCCCUGGCUGUUUAACCCUCGGGGGUUACAGUCUGUGACUAAAGCGACGUUCGCCAUGAACAUCGGAACCCUGGGCGCGUGGACGACAUUAUGCUACAGGCAGAAUAAUCAAUCAAUGACCACGCUGGAGUAAAACAGGUUUACCAUUAAUUAUAAUAUUAACUAGUUUUACUUUUAUUGAAACUUCAGCUUUCACCGAGCAAAUUGCAACCAAUUUUGAUGGUAUUAUAGGUAUUGAUUAAUUAUUGUUAAUUGGUGCAAUCAAAAUCAGUGUUCUGUGUUGCAAGUCAAAUAUUAAUAAUAAUUACC